CUUUGGGCCGCGAACAGAAACGAAUAAAGAAACCGACUUUAGUCGCCGCCCGAUAAUAUCCGGACUUUAACGCCCUGUUAUCUCCGGACCAGGGUUGCGAGCCUUUGAUAUAUAAUGGAGGCGCUUCGCCCUCGUAUAUAACUUGUCGCAUCCAGUCUAGGCUGAUCCUGUAACUUAAGGCUUGCUUUCUUGUGUUCGGUGUUAUCCGCUCACUUCCAACAAAACAGCAACAUGGCCAUCCUUCUCAUUGGUGGUACCGGCAAGACUGCUGUUCGUCUUGCACGUUUCCUUCAGAACAAUGGUCAUCAGUUCCUCUUGGCAUCUCGCCGAGGGCAGUCAGCCGCACCUGCCGGUAUGCCGGCUGUUCGGUUCGACUGGACGGACAAGGCAUCGUGGAAGGAGGCCUUUGAGUACCGCUUUGCGGCUGGGGAGAAGGUCAAGGCAAUCUAUCUGAUGGAGCCGCUGGUGGCGGAGCCAUGGAAGCCCAUGAAUGAGUUUAUCGACUACUUGCAUCAUGAACAGGGUGUUGGUCGGUUUGUCCUGGUGGCUGGAACCUCUUCUCAGCCCGGAAAGCCGGGGAUGGGGAUGGUUUGGCAGCACUUCUUGGACACGGGGGUUGACUAUGCCGUUCUUCGGCCCAGUUGGUUUAUGGAAAACCUCUCCGAAGAAGCCCCCUCAGGUCUGAUCAAAGACCUGAGUAAGAUCUUCACAGCCUGCGGCGAGGGCAAGAUCCCCUUCGUCAGCGCCACGGACAUUGCAGCCGUGGCCUACCGGGCCCUGACAGAUGCCGAAUCCCACAACUGCGACCACCGGAUCCUGGGCCCCGAGCUUCUAACCUACGACGAGAUCGCGCAGAAGCUUAGCGCGACACUCGGCCGGGAAAUCCAGCACGUCAGUCUCUCCGGGGAGGAUCGGUACCAAGGCCUCGUGAGCGUCGGGGUGUCGGAGUAUUAUGCGCGAUUCCUGACCAACCUUGAAAUGGCCGCCGCGACUGGAUUCGAGACUCAUUUGAAUGAGGAGGUGGAGAAGGUGACGGGUCGGCCGCCAAAGAGCUUUGAUGUCUUUGCGCAGGAGAACCGGGCUUACUGGAUUUGAGCGCUAUGUACGGAGUGCGGGCCGGUGAAUCCUGUGGAGGGGAUCUGCAGGGGUCCCUUGUCUAAUUUGUUUCUGAAUAUAUUGACUUAUCGUAUGCAAGGAACUUUCCUCGGGCAAUUUUGUACUGCAGUUGUUGACAAUAUCGUAAGAUGUAGAUCCACCAUUUCCGUGCCCUGAUUGUGUGGAUAGACGAAAUGUUUAUACCCUUGCUUAUCAAGCUGAUGCUAUGUUAUUCCAUG